UUGACAGCAGGGAAGCCCCGCCCGCGAGGCGCCUGACGCGGAGAAGCAGCCCCUUCUCAUUUCCAGUCCCACUGAGCUCCAUUUUCUUCUUUCCCGAUAAUCAGGACCAGAGGAGUAAAGACUUGGAAAAAUGAAUGAAGAAUACGACGUUAUCGUCCUGGGCACCGGGCUUACGGAAUGCAUUCUAUCAGGCAUCAUGUCGGUGAAGGGGAAGAAGGUGCUGCACAUGGAUCGUAACUCCUACUACGGAGCUGAAAGCGCCUCCAUCACACCUCUUGAAGAUCUCUACAAGCGCUUCAGCCUUCCUGGCAAACCUCCUGAGACAAUGGGAAAAGGCCGGGAUUGGAACGUGGACCUCAUCCCUAAAUUCCUUAUGGCCAAUGGUCAGCUGGUCCGCAUGCUGCUGAUCACACAGGUGACUCGCUACCUUGACUUCAAAGUGAUCGAGGGCAGCUACGUGUACAAGGGGGGCAAAAUCCAUAAAGUCCCCUCGACUGAGACCGAGGCUCUGUCAUCUAGUCUGAUGGGGUUGUUUGAGAAACGGCGCUUCAAAAAGUUCCUGACCUUCAUCGCCUGCUUUGACGAGAACGACCCCAAAACCAUGGAAGGCGUCGACCCCAACAAGACAACAAUGAGGGCCAUUUUCCAAAAGUUUAGCCUGGGCCAGGAAGUCAUGGACUUUACCGGUCACUCCCUCGCUCUCUACCGCACAGAUGACUACCUGGAUCAACCUUGCAUCGAAACAAUAAACAGGAUAAAGCUUUACAGUGAGUCUCUGGCCAGAUACGGCAAGAGCCCGUACCUCUACCCACUGUACGGCCUGGGAGAGCUGCCGCAAGGGUUUGCCAGGCUGAGUGCUAUCUAUGGUGGGACGUACAUGUUGAACAAGCCCAUUGAUGAGAUCGUGGUGGAGAAUGGGAAAGUGGUGGGAGUCAAGUCUGAGGGAGAGAUCGCCAGGUGCAAGCAGCUGAUCUGUGACCCCAGCUACGCUAUGGAUCGCACCUCCAAAGUGGGUCAGGUGAUCAGAGUCAUCUGCAUCUUGAAUCACCCCAUCGCCAACACCAGCGACGUCAACUCCUGCCAGAUCAUCAUCCCCCAGAACCAGGUCAACAGGAAGCACGACAUCUACGUUUGUAUGAUCUCCUUUGCUCACAACGUGGCAGCACAGGGUAAAUAUAUCGCCAUCGCCAGCACCACAGUGGAGACAAACGACCCUGAGAAAGAGAUCAAGCCGGCCCUGGACCUGCUGGAGCCCAUCGAGCAGAAGUUUGUCAGCAUGAGCGACCAGUACGCACCAACUGACAUGGGCACUGAGAGCCAGAUUUUCAUCUCCCGUACAUACGACGCCACAACUCACUUCGAGACCACCUGCGAUGACAUCAAGGACAUCUUCCUGAGGAUGACGGGCUCAGAGUUUGACUUUGCCGAGAUGGAGCGCGGGAAGAAGGACAUCUACGGUGACGCCGCCGAGUAGAGGCGAACCGUCCGCACAACUCCUGAUUAUCAAAGACAACGCUGCCGACAACUGAAAUCUUACAAAAAAUAGAAAACCUUACACAAAAAUGUACACACCAAUGGGCUGACUGAUUAUCCAAGUAUAUGGUUUGCCCAUUGAGGAAGUUCAUGAUAUAGAGAGAUAUGAUAUAGUAUUGUUGGAUAGGGUUCAGGGAGGGAGCUAUGCUUUUUCUAAUCACAUUCAGAGGGAUGUUGCACUAAACACUGGUUAUGCCUAAUAUACAAUAAUCCCCUACAUUCUUCUGCUGCGUCAUGUUAAGAUGAUGCAUAGUCCAAAGAUGCCAAAUCAAAUGAUGAAUCAUAAUCAAUAGUAUCUUACAGAGAGUGUGUCGGGGAGGGGAGGGGUGGGGGGGUCUCUGCAGGUAUUUUUUCAUGUGAGGGAGAGAGAAGUGGCUUGGCUUUGUCAGUCUGAAUUCAAUCAUGUGAGCAGCUGAGGGUUUCUCGCCGGGCGUAGCAACUCCGAGCACAUUCGGGCCCAGCAGCAGCAAGACAGCUGUGAGGAGAAACCUCAGCCGUCAGCUUAAAUAGUCAGGUUUUGUGAGAUCAAGUGGUUUAGGGGUGUGUGGGCUUGAUAUUUUUGUGUAUUUUCGCCCCCCUUUGUUGUUUAAUCUCCAGCACAGCCAGACACUAUACUGUAAGCCAAGCCACCAGGGCGACUGUAGUCCAGCAUAAACUACCUGAACCUAUUUUCAACAGCUUGAGUUACUAUAACGCAUCAGAGGAGAUAUAUUAGUUCCUGUAUUAUGCAAAAUGAUGGAUGACCCGAGCAUUAACAGCAGAUUGAUGGGAAGUGUGGUUGACUGUAAUCGCUUAAGAAGGACCAAAUGUGUACUGCAGCAGUAUUGAAUUGAUGAGAGCCCUGUGAUAUCUUCUGUUUUGAACAACUGUAAAAAUAAAUAAACAUCUUGGGCUCAAAUGAUUUCUGUACUGCAAAGUAAAAAAACAACUUUGUCAAAAACCAAA